CUUUUUGGAUUGCCAUAAUAUUCAGCUAUGCCGGCGGCGUCCGUUGCUGCUGGCGUCCAUGAGAAUGAGAGGGAGUCCCACGCUGCCUGGGCCGAUCGGCAACAUAUUUCAAUGGAAACGGAUCACGUGGAGUGUCUCCGGAGGAACAUCAAAUUUUACUUCAUGAACCCUUGUGAAAAGUACCGUGCCCGUGGACGCAAACCGUGGAAACUCGUUUUGCAGAUCAUCAAAAUUGCCAUCAUCACCAUCCAGUUGGUGUCGUUUGGGCUGAGCAACCAGAUGGUUGUAACCUUUAAGGAAGAAAACCUGAUGACAUUUCAGCAUCUCUUCCUAAAAGAUUAUGUUGAUGGGGGUAUUGCGACAUAUGCCAUUUACAGACAAGAAGAUGUUUAUGAUCACAUAAGAUACGUUAUUCAACAGUACGGAAAUCUGCACAACACCACCGUAGGAAACCAUGAAUAUGAGAAAAACGGCAUUGUCUACACACCCUUGACGCUGUGUCAGGAGUUUUAUCGCAACGGCACCAUCUACCCGGGCAAUGACACUUUUGAAAUUGACGCUCAUGUGGAAACCGAUUGUAUCGACGUCCACCCAACGAACGAGUCGUCAUCACAAGACGCGCUGGCGCAUUUGGAGUUGCACUUCAAAAGAAUGCUGGCCAUCAAGAUCUCGUUUGUUCUCAAAGCCAUCAAUUUACAGACAGUCAGACACAGAGAGCAGCCAGACUGCUACGACUUCAACAUCCUUAUCACUUUGGACAACGGAGCGCACAGUGGCAGGAUAAAGGUGGACCUGGAAACCCACGUGGAGAUCAACGAAUGCAGAGACUGGAGUGUAACCGGAGCUUCCCCGAGAAGCAUCUACCUGACCCUGGUGUUUGACUGCCUGAUUAUCCUAACCUGCAUGAUUUCCUUCACGCUCUGCCUUCGCUCAGUGUUGACUGGGAUACAAUUGCAAUUUGAGUACAAAAAGUUCUGCGAGAGCCAGAGUGCUCAAGACGUGCCCUGGUGUGACAGGCUGGAGUUUAUCAACGGCUGGUACAUCCUGAUCAUCGCCAGCGACUUGUUAACCAUCGUCGGCUCCAUCCUCAAGAUUGAUAUUUACACCAAGGUCCUGACGAGCUAUGACGUGUGCAGUAUCUUCCUUGGAACAGGCACCAUGUUUGUUUGGAUUGGGGUCAUCCGUUACAUGGGCUACUUUCACAAGUACAAUAUCCUCAUCCUAACUCUGAGGGCAGCAUUUCCAAACGUUAUCCGUUUCAUCUGCUGCGCUGGAAUCAUCUACCUAAGCUACUGCUUUUGCGGCUGGAUCGUCCUGGGCCCCUAUCACGAAAAGUUCCGGACCUUGAAUACAGUAUCCGAGUGUCUGUUUUCCCUCAUCAACGGAGAUGACAUGUUCCCCACCUUCAAAGAAAUGAAACAGAAGAGCAGCCUGAUUUGGAUUUUCAGCAGAGUCUACCUCUAUACCUUUGUCUCACUUUUCAUCUACAUGAUCCUCAGUCUAUUCAUCACCAUCAUCACAGACACCUAUGACACCAUCAAGCAACAGCAGCAGAGUGGGAUCCCGACAUCACAACUCCAGCGAUUCCUAGCCGAGUGUAAAGAUCUCCCAAACUCUGGAGUUUACAGGCUCGACAAGAAGAAUUGUUUUCAACGCUGCGUGAGCAAGUGCAGAGAGCGUCAUGAGAGGUUGACGUCAGAAGAAUAGCCAAUUCUUUCACCUUAUUGAAGCCUGGAAAUAAAGUGGCACUUUUUUGUCUUUGUAAAUCAGAAAACACAUGGGAGAGAUCAACAACAGUUUACAAGGUCAAAUCAUUUGUCAAGUUUGCUUAAGAAUGAAAGUGCACACGAAAAUGAGAUAUGCUUAUAGCAAAGAUGUCUAGAAUCAUUUCUUGUAAUGUGGAAAGGAAGAGAUUCCACUGUCAAAUGGGAGAGGUUUAUGACAUGUCACUUUGAAGGAAUCAUAUAUGAAUAGAUCAGAAUAAAAUGAUUUUAUUUUU